AAGCCCCAUGACAACAAACCCAAUGGCUCCCUCAACGGCCGCCGCCAAAACCACCACAUCACUAUCCUUCCACCACCAUUUGAUAACCCUAGACACCACAAUUUCCCAAUCCAUUCACACUCUCUUCCACUCAAUGAUACCUCGGUUCUUUCUCCACCUCCUCGAAUACUCUGCCGACUUUCGCCUCUCCUUUCCCGUCGCUCUUUCCCUCUAUUUCACUCCCAUUCGCCCCACUUGCUUAAUCCCCUUCCUCUUGGGUCUCCUUCUCGAUCUUCUCUUAAUCGGACUCGUUAAAUCAAUCUUCCGCAGAUCUCGCCCCCACUACAACCCUAGCAUGAUCCCCGCUGUUUCUGUUGACAACUUCUCUUUCCCCAGCGGCCACGCCUCCCGAGUUUUCUACAUUGCGGGUUUUGCUUAUCUGUUCACUGUUUUUAAUGGAACUGGUUGGUUUCUCGUUAGCGUUUGGACUUGGGCUUUGCUUACUUCGGUUUCUAGAGUUCUGCUUGGCAGACAUUUCGUCCUAGAUGUUUUUGCCGGAGCCUGUUUGGGCGUGCUUGAAGCCAUGUUUGUGUUUCGCUUUUUGAGGAUUUAGAGUUUGAGGCUUUUAGUGGUAAACGACUGGU